GCUCCCGUCGUGCCCCGCGCCGCGGCCGCUCUGGCCGCCGCCUCUGUGGGCGGAAAGGAGCGGGGCGGCCGGGGGAAGAGACGACUGGAGCUGUGUUAGUCCUCUAACAUCUGGUGCUGACUACUCGUGGUAUGUCCGAAGGACAGAUCUCUUGUGUGAUGUGAAUGUACCAGGUUGUCCUCAUGAGUACUCCAGCGGAGAAUGUCCAUGAUCUUCUUUGCCUGCGUGGUGCGGGUGAGGGACGGGCUUCCCCUCUCAGCCUCCACAGAUUUUCAUUUCGACCAGGACUUCCUGGAAUGCAGGAGAAGAUUAAAGGCGUUGUCCUCGAUUCUGGCCCAGUAUCCAAGUCGAGGCACGGCAAAAGGACGUGACCUUAGCAUCCAUUUCCUUUCUUCUGGGGAUAUUGCCUGCAUGGCGAUCUGUUCCAGCAAUUACUCAACCAUCAUGGCGUUUUGCUUCCUGGAAGAGCUUCAGUGGGAAUUUGCUGCUUCCUAUGAUACAACGAGCAUCAGUUUAGCUUCCAGACCAUAUGCUUUUCUGGAAUUUGAUAACGUCAUUCAGAAAGUGAAAUGGCAUUUUAACUGUGCGAGCGGCUCUCAAGCGAAGGUCAACUGGGAGAAGGUUGAGGAGGAGCUGAAGUUCCAGCCCCCGGUUGAGCUGAAGCUGGAGGACGCGGAGCUGAUGAACGGGAUGGCUAACGGUGGGCACGCAGAAGUUCAUGUGGAGGUUGUCCCUACUUACAGAAUGCAACGUGUGACUCCCCUGGGGAUCCUGUCCCUUGUUCUGAACAUCAUGUGUGGGGCUUUGAAUCUCAUUCGAGGAGUUCACCUAGCAGAGCAUUCAUUUCAGGAGGACCAUGAAGUAAUUGGAAAUGUGAUAGCUUUUUUUCUACCUUUUCUAGCCUGUGUUUUUCAGUGUUACUUGUACCUAUUCUACAGCUCGACGAGGAAAGUGAAGACAUUUAUACUCUUUUUCUCUGUCUGUUUAUGCAACGUUUACUUGUACGGAUUACGGAACGUCUGGCAAAUAGCCUUUCACAUAGGAGUGGCAUCUCUGUCUUCCUACCAGAUACUGACAAGGCAACUCAUGGAGAAACAGCCUGACUAUGGAGUAUGAAAAAGACUUUGGGUUUGCUAUUCUGUUUUUACAGCUCAUUUUUUUGUAUUAAAACGGGCAAAAAUAGCUUGGAGUAUUUUUAAAGAUUUGUGACAGUGGUUAUUGCGAGGAGGGUGUCUCAAAGCAACCUGAAACGAAGUAGGAUCCUGUAGUAAUGUCAAACACACAGUGAAGAAUUUGGCUGUAUUCAACAUGGCAUGUGGUGAUUGUGCAUGGUAGAUUUUGUUAGGUGUCGUCAGCGGAUGGAGGUUCACCUUAAAACAGGCUCUUACUCCUUGACUGCUACCACCUAGGCAGCAUUUUGCCAUUUGUCUUACUGGCUCUGUAACAGUUUGGCAGGUCGAUGUCUUGGCGUGGAAAUGCUUCUGAAAAGACUAAAAUUGUAUUGUAAAGUGGUGGGUAACACUUCUGGCUGUAGACUCUUGGUAAGUGUAAGUAAAGGAGUAGUUUGCCGUAGUUAGGUGAGUUCAUUAUCAAUGGGAAAAAAAAUGUUAGGAUGAGGUUCAGGAUAUUUUUUCUGGGUUUUCAAUGAAAGGAAAAGGCUGUGGCUGCUUUAAAAACCGUACAGGUUUUAAAUAUUUCCUGGCUAUACAGCGCAUUUUAGUUAAGUACGUGCUUGUUGGUUAAUUACAAAUAUGCUUGGGGCAGCAUAAAAUAAACCAAGGGGAUAUUAGUGACCUUUCAGCUCAGGUGGCCUUUAUUUCCCCGGUUAAGGUCACUGUUACUGUAAGGGCAGUUCCGUGUUUGCUUGGUCUGUACAGAUAAUAAAUCUCCCAAGCCUACUUACGACAGGCCACUGACUCCUUCACCUUUAGAAAAACGAAUAGCAGGUGAGUGGAAAGCCACCUCCAGUAAUGGAGAGCAAGAGCAGGUUCUCUUUAUUAUAUAAAACACCUUUAGUUAAUGGUGUUGAGUUCUUACCCUAAGAAGAAUUUAUGAGUGUGCACUUUUGAAUAUGGUACUUAGGAGCUGAGUUUCUUAACCUCUGCUGCACUGGGUAUUCUUGUAAGUGAUAUACCGAGGUGCAUAUGGGCAUUUUAGCACGUAUACGAAUACUUCAGGCUGCCUGUGUUGAAAAAAUGCAUAGCAUUUUGAUGCAGCUGUCCCUGAAGGAUUGUAAAGACUCAAACUGAGAUGAUGUAGGGAACUGUAGGUGUGUUAUUGUCCCAGUAAGGUCCUAGAUUUCUUUAUUUUUUUAUUUUUUCUGGUGACCCCAUUUCCUUCACCAACAGUCUCUCACCAAAGACUUAUUUUUCGCUUGCGUAGUCUCUACCUCUAGUGGUUGCAAAGAGCUUAACACGAUGCAGAGUUCUUUCUGAGUUUGCAGAAAUGCUUAACAAAAUUAUUUCCUUGCAUCUCGGUACAUUUUCCUGAAAUCUCAAGAUACAAAUGUUGCAAGUUUCAGUGGACUGCUAGAGUAGAAACACGUGGCGCUGUACCUUGGAAGCACUUUUGGGAUGCAUCUGACAGCAACCUGCAGCCCGUUAUAACCUGAACAGUUUCUAGGACAUCCAGAGACUUGGUUCCAGAGCUUUUUCCAGUAAUAAAAUAGAGGCAUUUCUCUUCCACCUCAUGCUAGCUCACUUACUGUAACAAUUAUGCAGUGAGGUCCUUUAAACCGUGAGGAAUAGCCUAGUGGAAGUGAUGGAGGAAUGUUUUAGCCAGCCAGUUAUGAAAACAGCUAGAGCUCUGUGCCACAAGGUAAUGCUAUUCCGUUCUAGGGGAGUGGAUUAAAAUGGAUUGCCUGUCAUUCACUCUGGCACAAAACUGGCGGUAGGUGGAUGAAUGAAGCCAGGACUCGACCAUUCUCGUUAAGGCACCCAGAUGACCCCACAGAUAUGGGAGUUUGAGUGCUGUCGAGCUUUAAGUUUCCGUACAGUUCAGUCCCCGUUUUACUUGUCAAGGUUCUCUUUCUGUGUGAUUGGAGGCUGCAGGAAAUUAAGCCGUGACGUUGGGUUACAAGUAAGAAAAAACAAAACAACAAAACUAAAUGCACAAACAACCCCCCUACAAAAAAAUACUUAAAAACAACCUGAGAAGUCUCUUACUGGAAACUAACCCUUUGAUAAGGAUGCUGGGUUACCUGGGGUGUAAUCAGCCCAUGGCUUAUCACGGGAAUCUCAUCCCCUGGAGAAAGGAUGAGGCACUUUGUCCUACAAAAGCUGGAAAAAGGGACCGCAGCGGUGCCAUCCAACUCCCCAUCCCCACCCUUUCAGCCUCCUACAGAUGAGAGAAUCCUAAAGAGCUUUACUGGUUCUCCGCGGGCUUGCAGAAAGCCGGUCUGCCAUAGCUUCAGGCACACAGAGCAUUGACAGCAGGGGGCCAGUGAACCACGAUGCGCUUUGUGUUCCUCAGCCUUUUAUUUAGCUGAUGGGAAGAAAGCGUAAUGGUCCUGAUGCUUCCCGAGCAUCCGACUGCUUUAUCCUAAAGCAAACACCUCUCUGUGCCAGGUGAUGUGAGCAGCAGCUCCGCAAUGCGAGCGGUACAGCAAGGUGUUUAAAUAGCUCGUGUAAUUAACAUCAUUGGAGUUGAUAAAGAUUAAAAUCAGCUUUUGUUCAAUGCUUUCUUUUUUCCUGAGAAUGCUUUGUUCAACAAACUCCGUUGGUACAAUUCUGCCUUCAUGUAAUUUUUUUGGCUUUGUGGAUUAGGCAGAGGAUGCAACGAGGUCUCUUCUGCUCACGGACAAAGCUCCGGUUUGCUGUUUGCUUCAUCCCUUUGCAACCUUUUCUUUUCUGUAAUAUGUGCAACCUGUGCUAAGGAGUCGGUGUGGAUUAAUCUGCGUGCAUUGGUAUCUGUGCACUUUGUGGUUUUGGAUUGUGAUUGGGGAGCGAGGAAGAGCAAGCAUUGUUUGAACCAGUUUUUAUUUUGUGUUGUUAUUUAGAAUGGCUUCUGUAUCUGUGGUAUUUAUACAAUUAAACUUUUUGUCCAGUGAAACAGCAAGAGGAAUAGAAUAGCUUACAUCGAUCUCAGUGCUUUAAGAUUUAAUAAAAAAGAAUGACUUGCAGUUUGAGUACAUGAAAUCUAACUCAUAACGUGGGAUUAUGGUGGUGUUGAAUCAAAUCCCCAAACAGGAAUCCAUCCCUUUUUGUUCGACUUCAAACUGUUUAAUGUAGUUUGACUUGUAUCUCCUUAACUCUGUCAGUUUUCAAGGUAAGUCCCUUGGAAAUUCUUUUCCUCACCCAGCAGCAUAGCACAAGGAAAUUGGCGAAGAAUAAACUUCAUUAAUUUAAAAGAUUCGCAGUGCAUAGUCACUUUAUGAAACUGUUUAUUUUCUGUGUUUUUUUCUUCUCCCAAAGACCUGUUGAGUUUAUAGAAGGUGGGCUGGUACCUUUUUAGACAUUUUUGCACUGUAUUAAUAAUUGAACCUGUGUAAAUGUGUAUAAAAUCAUUUUGCAUGUAUAUGUAUAUAUGUACAUACCUAAUAAAUGGCUUUUUUUGU